AUGGCUGGUUAUAACACUAUCUAUCUAUCUAUCUAUCUAUCUAUCUAUCUAUCUAUCUAUCUAUCUAUCUAUCUCUCACAGUCUUUCCAUUAUCUGUCUAUCUAUCUUCCUUUUGAUUUUUCUAUCUAUCUAUCAUUGUUUUCUAUCUAUCUAUCUAUCUAUCUAUUCAUCCAUUAUCUGUCUAUCUAUCUUGAACCUUUUGAUUUUCCCAAUCCUCUCUUACGUUGGACACUUUUCAUUAUUUCUGUCUAUCCACCACUAGCUGGUUUACCUACUUCUAUCUAUCUAUUUUAUUCUAUCUAUCUACCAUUUCAUUUCCAACCUCUUUCCAUUAUCUGUCUAUCUAUCUAUCUAUCUAUCUAUUAUCUAUUUUAUCUAUUAUCUAUCUAUUUCAGUCUUUCCAUUAUUUCUAUCUAUCUUAUUUCUCUUUUCAUUUUCAUUAUUUCUAUCUAUCUAUCUAUCUAUCUAUCUAUCUAUCUAUCGUACUUAUGA